GGGCCCCACGUAUCAUAAUUUACCUAAGGCAGGUACCUAUCCUCUGGAUGCAUAUGGGUAUAAAACCCUAGGUAUCUUUGACGGCGUAGGUACAUGAUAUGUACCUGUACCUAGGUAUACAGGGGCGAUCCAUCCCCAUCGACCUUAACCCCGAAAUGGUCGCCUCGGUUUUCUGGUCGCGUUCUUGAACUUCGUCACGCGUCAAGCUCUAGACCAAGAUUUCAAACCACGAUGCCUCGACCUCGCCCCGUGCCUGAAUCGACUUCUCUAUCGUCCUCUGGUUCAUAUGCAACUGCCGCCGAGUCCCCUCCGAGCCUGCCAGACAUCACGGCCAGCAGCGAUCCAACCCUGGGUGUAGGUGAGCCGUAUCGCAAGGCUAGCCAACUCCCCCCUGAGCUUAGGCAGCACUGCCAGAUUUAUCUAGAAGAGAACCUAUAUCUCAUCACUCUGAACCUGCUCAACAGCCUGUUGUCGUCAAGUCACGACGGGCCAAAUGACCCGAACUACUGCCCACCUCCGAGCCAGUUAUCCCUGCUCAACACCGCCAUCGUCCAUCCCAAAUUCACAACUAGGCCCAGGGAAGAUGGCUGGGCCGAGGUCUCCGCCGAAUCUCUCGUCUACUUGCGCAGUCUUCUUUCACGCCUGGGACCUAUAAACACACGGUUCAAAGAGGCCUUCCGCUUUUGGAGCAACCCGCACCACGGGACGCCCGACUCACUUUCCAACGACGAGUUAGAUUACGGGAACGAGGAUGAUGACGACGCGACCUACACGCAUAUCAGACACAGACAUCACCAAGAUGGACUCUGGCGGCGAGGACAAGACUUCUUUCACGUCGCCGGCUGGGCCUUCAAUUGCAGUGUCCUAUACCCGAACCGCUGGCGGCAUUGGAAAAAUUGGCUCAAGUUCAUGUUAGACGUGUUGGAGCAGGAUUUGACCGAGCGCCGCAAUCUGGACGUCGAGAGCGGCCAGCAGGAGCACCCUAUGCUCCGGGAGUCGAUUCUCGCCAGCUACAUCGGCCAGCGUUCCGGUCGCUCGGCCGGAGGGUUGAAAUGGAUCAUGGAUGCCAUGUUCGCUGACGGCAGCGUAGCCGCAAGCUCCCACUUCCCGGAAAUAUGGGUGAAGGAGCACAAGGAGAACCAUGCGAGCGCCGCCAAAAAGAGGAAGCGCGAAGCCAUCAACAUCGAGAAGGGCAACUUCGGGGGAUGGCUUGACGACGAGUCGGUCUAUUCGUCUCAGGCCUCCGAGCCCCCCACCCCGCAGAAACGAGGAACAAGCUCGGGCGAGCUAGGAGACCCGGAUUUCCAAGCAUUAGAACCCGCUUAUGUAGAGUCCAUCCCCUUGCGGCAACGCCUCUUUUCCCUGCUGUCCUACCUCUGCCAUUAUUUGCCUGAUCCCCCGUUAGAUCUCUCGGACCUGUACCAAAGGUUCGAGACGACGGUCAAGUCACUCCCGCUGCCGAUAUUUACUGCAUUCAUAAACAACCACACAUCCGCCUUGAAGCUGGAGUCGCAGAUAUCGACACUCCAGGGCAUCUUACUGCUCUUGAUGCCCUCAUCUGCGCUAUCGCCAGCUAAGGUCGACCGCUCGUGGCAGGAAGCAGAUGGGAUCACGGUCGCAAUCCUCGAACGCUGUUACCUGCCUUAUCCCGCCAACACUAUCGCGGCGGAGGACAAUGCAAAGGUGUCUCUUCUACUAGAAAACUUGCUGCAGAUCAUGUGGUGCGAGGGUGGCGGGCAAUUCGGCAAUAGCCUAAGGACGGCCGUCGAGAAAGGAAUCGCCGCGAGGAAGACCAAGGUGAAGAAGAAGAAAACCUCAGUCAGAGGCCGGCCGAAUGGUGAAGACCCUGACGCGGAAGCUCGUAUCGUGCUAGGGAUGUCGGAACAGCGGUUGCGUACGCUGGUCGAUCUCAUCGAAACGACAGAUGAGGAUGUCGGGUUGGUCGCAGUAGAUGCCAUGGACGAGGAUGGCAAUGAAGAGGGGCCGAAACAAGGGGAUGGUGAUGAUAUGGACACGACAAUUGACGAUGCAAAUCGGGACAUGAACGGGGAAGGCGGAGACGCCAAUACAUGUUGCUCAUGCCAGAGCAAGGCAUUCGGGAGUAUGGUUCUUUGCGAUGGCCGUUUCUGUCCUUAUCAAUGGUUUCAUUGGAAUUGCGUCGGUCUCAAGUCAAAGCCACGAGGCAUAUGGUUAUGUCCGGAUUGUUCACGUUCAUCGCGAAAGAAACGCAAGUAAGCCCUCACAGGUUGGGCCGAGAUGCGCGCCUGGUAAUCCCGCCGCAUCACCCGAAUACGGAAGGAGAAAUAGGCCGAUAUGGUGGUUAUCGCCACAUCUAUUCG